AUGAUUACCAACGAAUUUAGAACAAGAACUGUUACAACAACGAAUCCAAAUUUAAUUACAGAGCUUAUUCGUUAUAGAGAAGAAAAUGUUGAAUCAAUGGAUAAAUUCAAUGAACUUUAUGAAAAAAUUGAAGAACAGCAAAUAAACUCAUAUGAAGAUCUUCAACGAGUUGAUCAAAAUGCAGCUCAAACAUUAGUAAAGCUUGCAUCAAAUACUAAACCACUUCGAUUAGGUGGACGUGCUUUUGGAUUUUUUGGUUUAACAUCAACAGGAAAAAGUUCAAUAAUUAAUAAAUUACUUGGAUAUGAUUUAGCUAAAAUAGAUGCUCGAGAAACAACAAAAGAAAUUCAACCUUAUGAAGGACAAAAUUAUCGUCUUUUUGAUAUAUCUGAUAGAAAUGAUGAUAUAUCUUAUUUUACUAUGGAAUAUAUUGCUUUUUGGAAAGGAUUAACUAAAAUAUUAGUAUUAAUAACAACAACAAUUACAGAAAUGAAAAAAAUUUUUCGUCUUCUUGAUACAAUCAAUCUUCGAUAUGAUAUUAUUAUUAAUAAAUUUGAUUUAAUACCUAUUGCAAAAAGACAAGAAUUUAAAAAAAAAAUAAAUCAACAAAUUCGUGAACUUGGACUUCGAGGUGUUGAUCAUAUUUGGUAUAUUAGUGCACUUAAUCCAAAUCAAUGUCCUGAUUGGUUAUCUAUGGUUAAAUCGUUAAAUUAUCAUCCAGAAAAUGUUUUUGAUGAUUAUGAUUCCUUCGAUAGUGUUUAUUAUGAAUAA